AUGAAGCUCCCCGCUACACCAGAAUGGAGCCAGACUAUCCAGCCACUACACGUGAUGCUCGUAACACGCUCCCCGAUGUGUUUACAACUUUGCAAAUAUCGGAUGCAGGCUCCCUACAUCCUCCCACGCGAUUGGCUGUUUAUCAGCUGCUUCAACAACUGCUGGUCGGCCGUCGAGGCGCCAAUACUUAAUUUGCCCUCUGAAGAUAAUAACGCGAUGGUAACUACGUCGGUCUUCGUGGCUGCUAUAGGAACAGGUGCUACCUUGUUCAUAGCUGUCACAAUCGUUGUAUACAAAUAUUACGUCCAAAAGAGAAAGUGCAAGGAAUGGAGCUCGCUGGAUCAGAUGCCGUUUCCAAUGCCCCCUGAUAAGGCAUACAAGUCAUAUUUUCCUUUUUCCAGAAAGCUUGCAUUCGAUCAGUUUGAAUUUGUAUGCCAACUCCUGGUGAAUGAUUUUGGCAGCUAUGUCGUGGCGCUCCUUAUAGUCCGUUGGAGCGAAUGCUUGGCAUCCACCAGUUACGUGCUGUAUUGUUUCGGAGUCCUGACAGCCGUACCUGCAUUUAUCAGACUGUUGCAAGUUCUUAACGUGCGGAAAGUACUCACUUUCAACACGCAUCUGCGUGCGGAAAGUAGCAGUUUUCCUCACGCUGCACUGGUAGAAAAAAUCUUAUUCCUAACACUUGCAGAAAGUGCAUUUUCCGCCGUUGACGGCUUGCCCAAAACGCAUCACUUUCCGCAGUUGUUAGUGAACUGCUUUCUUCAAUCAAUUAUGGCCGAUAAAUGUGCAGAAUGCCAGUCGCUGGUAAACCGUUCCAAGCCAGGUAUAUCGUGCAGUGGUUUUUGCGAUCAGUUUUUUCACAUUUCUUGUAUGGGAAUUCCAUAUGACGUAUUGAAGGUAAUUAAAACACCUGGUUUAUUUUGGUUUUGCCCAUCCUGCGUUAAUAAAAGAACGGAUUUGGAUUUUGUGUCUACUAGGAUAAAUAAAAAGGUCGAUGCACUUAUUUCCAAUAUCCAUGAGUCAUUUAACGAAGCAAAAUCUGUUCUAAUAAACAAGAUUGAUGAACAGUUUGAUCAAGAUACCUUAAGAAGGAUGCCUGCGACGGAUGCUUCAUAUGCAAACAUUUUGAAAAAAAAUGUGAAUUUAAUUGUUAAGCCAAAAAACAACGAUCAGCCUCAUGCAGCGACAAGACUUAAGAUGCGUCAGUCUGUUGAUCCGGUAACUAAUAACAUUAAAUUUUCUCAAGUAAAAAACAUAAAAAAUGGGGGAUUACUUAUAAAGUGUGAUGGAUCUGAAGAUGCCAGCAAAUUGAAGGAGUUGGCUUCAUUGCACCUUGCUGAUGAUUAUGAAGUCAAGGAAGUGAGGAAGUUUAACCCCCGUUUGAAAAUUGUAGGAAUGUCUGAGUGUAUUGACAAAGAACAGCUCAGUGUUAUACUGAAGUCUCAGAAUAGUGUAUUUCAAAAUGAUAGUGAGUGUACUGUGUUAAAAGUGUGGCCAACUAAGAAGUCAGAUGAUGUUUUUCAAGCUAUUCUAGAUGUUGACAUUGCUACAUACUCGAGUAUUCUUAGUCGAGGCAAUCUGAUUGUUAAUUUUGAAAGCUGCAUUGUAUAUGAUGCAAUCAGUCUGAGGUUGUGUUUUAAAUGUUGUGGGCACAAUCACUACGCUAAAAAUUGUAAAAGCAAAGUUCAAUGCGGCAACGUAUUUAUGAUAUGGUGUAUAGAUGUUCACAUCCGGUAUGUGUUUUGCUUAUUCACAAUGGAAAGGCAGGCCGAGGGACCCUUUCGGGGUGUCGACAGUCGACAGGGGAGGACAGCUAAGUAUUCACUCGGCAACCACCAUCCAGGAUGUUCGUAUAGUGGACCCGUCGGAGCUUUCUAA